UCCAGACUGGCCAGCUACGCUAAUUCUGGUGAGAUGGUCGAUUGAGAUUUAGAAAAUUCAUAAAACAAUCCUCGACAAUGCAUCGAACCUGGAAUAGGCUGGAAAGUGAGCUGUGCAAAGCGGUGACGGAUGGAGAACCCAGAUCUGUGCAGCUACUUCUUUCUCAAGGAGCCAGGCCUGACCUGGUUAGUAGCAAAGGGGUGGCUGCCAUCCAUUUGGCAGUGGGCAAAGAAACUGAGAAGAACAUACGCUGCUUGAAAAUAAUGCUGCAACAUGGAGCGGACCCCAAUAUCAGGUCAGCAGAGGGUCUGACUCCUCUUCAUGUGGCUGCACUGUGGGGAUGUUAUCAAAAUCUCAAGCUACUAUUGCUAAAUGGAGGAAAUCCAAAUAUUCACGAUAAUGACGGUAACACACCAAGCCAGCUGGCAGAGCAACAGGAAAAUCGAAAAUGUGCUCAUCUUCUUCAGGAGUACCAAAAAAGUCCAGUGGACCCAGAAGACGAGGACUUGCCUCAGUUCCAAUACUCUGUCUUGUCAGACCACACUGACACAUCCAGUUACCCUGAAUCGGACUGUAACUUUAGUUUCCACUCAUCUAGAAUAAGUGAGUUUGGUGAAGCCCCAAUGAGCAGCACGAGGCGAUCUUCAUUUUUUAAUCUGUCUGCCAUUAAUGGGCAGCCAAGCUGCAGAGAAGCAUCAUAUAAUCGACACUCCAAUCACUCUAUACUUUCCAGCACUCGUAUGUCUGCGGUGGGAUUCGCAGCUGGAGUGUCGCUUACAAAACGGACUGAUACACGUGCAGAUGAUGGCAUACUCAUAUCAAAGAAAAAUGAAUGCGCCGCUACAACUGAGGACAUCUCUUGUUCAAGAAGAGACCCUCUUCCAGCAUUUCACUCCACAAGUCGGAAAAGUGUGAGUUUCAGAGAUGUAGAUGAAUACUUUCCAGUUUUCAGUCCAGAAUCUCCAAAAUACCAUCCAGUUGCUGAUGGUAGCCAGUGCCCCAGCACUCUACCUUUUGACAUCUCUGAGUACUCUGAUUUCUUGGAUUCAGAGCGUAUGGCCACUAUUUUACCCCAGCAGGGCCUCGACGUCACAUCUCCGGAUCAUGUUUAUGUUUUCUCUAGGGAAAACUGUGAGAGCACAGAAGUGGACCUAGAAAAAACAGUGAUGAGUUGCCUCACUUUUGAAGAUGAUUUUGAUGACGAUGAACAGCGGGGAGAAAAUAUGAAAGAGACACAGGUGAACACACCAAAACAAGCUCGGUCCCCUGUUGGCAGCAGUGGCAGUGGCACUGGUAGCAGUCAGUAUAGUAGCUGUGAGAGCGAUCAUUACGCCAGCGCUUUGGAUGCUCCGGGGCAUCACGGAAAAGUAUCACUCCCUGCGGGAGAGAAGAACUCAGCUGGCACCGAAUCUGAUAAAAACACUCAAAUUUCAAUUGAGUCUGAAUGGACAAGACAUGGGCCGACUCAAUCACCUCUUCAAGCAAAACCUAAGAUAAUUUCACGACCUGCCAGUGUAGAGCCUUUACCUGGUAUACCUGGCAAACUGAUCCCAUCUCAAGACCAACACCGAGGCACUGAUGAAUUGGGGGAUUGUAAUUUUUCUUUUCCUGGCACUUCAAAUAAAGGAGUAGAUCUGCCAGCAGCAGAUGCCAGGUCUGAUACAUUUCAAGCACCAGAAGAAAACUUUAGUCUUCCAUUCACACCCAGUCCUUUUGUGACAGGCAGAACACGCUCGAGGCUGAGUCGCUGCUCUAUGGCGUCGAACAGAACUCAAGAGAGACUUUUAACAUCUUCUCUUUUUGAAGAAACCCUGCCUGUGCCAGCUCGCACGUGUCGCCAGACUCCUCGGUCUCAGAGCAGGGCCGACAUUUAUAGCUCACCACAUCCAGCGCCUCAUUCAGCCAGCGGCACCGCUGGAGACCCUUCAUCUGAAGGUUUCCCAGAGACGCAGUCCUGCUCACUUGAUGCUGACUCUAGUCUUAGUAAUAGCCAGGCUGAUACAUUCAUCCUCCCCAAGAGCAGAACAGACUCUGCUGCUGACACACAGACUUUGUGUGACACAAUUGUACUUGAAAAAAAACAAGAUAAUUCUAUUGAUACUUAUGAAAGAAACCUUGCAGAGAUUAUUCUUGCAAUCCAAGGGAAGCGCCGGGAGUUACCUGAGGAAAACGAGUUUCUGACUGAUGAUCUGACAAGUGCAGACGAGAAAAGGACAAAGGGAAAUAUCAUCAAUGACCCUAACGACAGACAAGACAACCUACAACCUGAAGAUGCCUAUAUCACAGACGACUGUAGCUCUCAGUCAGACUCGGCGCCAUCUUCAUCCAGCUCCAGCUAUUUUUCCCCCAGAAGGUCUCAGGAAGACUCCGAUCUCCCGUACACCCCAGGAACUGGAUGCACUCCGAGGUACAGCAUGAGUAGGUUGCCAGUCCCUCAGCGGCCACAGCACCUGGCUAACUUGUCUUACACGCCUGGAGGACGCCCACUCAUUCACGAUGUAGAAGAACCAGUGGAGUACCUCUACACAGAUACUGAACAGGGUCACAGACUGAUUGAGACUCACGUCCCCCCUACAACAGACACCUCUCUCAGCUCCAGCAUGAGUACUACCAGCAGUGAAGAGACCAUUCUGUAUGACUGGCGUUCCUUACAGCCUGACACAAAGAACAGUAAAGGAAAGGAGAACCAGAAACCCCACAUGGUACAGAGCGGAGUGGAGGAAAGCAGUAAAUGCCAGGAACCCAUUUUGGCUCAGACCAGAGGGCUCACGGAUAAAGAGCUCAGACGAAAACUGGUGGAGCUGGGGGAGAGUCCAGGUCCCAUCAGCAGCCGAACGAGACCCACGUACAUGCGGAGGCUCUGUUGUCUGUUAGCGGAGUCAAGCCUCCACUCUCAGCAUCCCAAGAAGCAGUUGGACCAGGCACACACAGAUUUAGGUUACAGCCCUGAAUUGUGCCUGGCUCUUCGUACCUUCAAGCUGCCCAACUGCCAGUCUGAUGAGCAAUCUCUGUGCCUGCAGUUUGAUCAACCGGAUCAGAACAGGAAGUGGAGGGAAGGCAUAAUCAAGUCCAGCUUUAAUUACCUGUUACUCGACCCAAGGGUGACAAAGAACCUCCCUUUCCGGAGUCACACCAUGACUCCUCAGGAGUGUUUCCAGACUUUCAUCAGUGCUAUAUUCUAUGUUGGCAAAGGAAAGCGUUCCCGCCCUUACAGUCACCUAUAUGAAGCUCUGGAGUACUAUAAAGGGGACAAAAGUGCCAAAAGACUGUGCCCUAAAGUGCAGCACAUUCUUCAGGUGUGGAGCACAGGGCAAGGAGUCAUCUCUCUUCACUGUUUCCAGAACGUCAUUCCAGUGGAGGCUUACACAAGAGAGGCCUGCAUGGUGGAGGCUAUCGGGCUGAAGAUGCUCACCAAUCAGAAACGGGGGGAUUUCUAUGGCGUUGUGUCCAACUGGCAGUCGAAGAGGAAACGGGAGCUCGGCAUCCAUCUGCUUUACCGUGCCAUGCAGAUCUUCUUGGCAGAGGGUGAGCGACAGCUCAGACCAGCAGACAUCAGACAGUAGAUUCUGUUGCAGGACUGGCAACUGAAGAACGGCGAAAUGGGAACAAACCACUAAAAUCUAAAGCACAAAGCCAACCAAGGCUUUUGGUUGGUUAAAGUUUGGGUGAUUUUUGUAAGAAUGAACUUUUCUUUUCUUACUGAAUUCGAUUUUCAUUCUGUCAGAACUGUGCAAAGAUUAAUCAGCUUUAAUGACUCUUUAGUUUCGCAGUCUGUAUGCCUCGACACCUAUUAUUCACUUUUUGCUCUGGUUACACGAAACAAUACCAGAAAUAAGAUUCAGAUCUGACAAAAUGUUUAUGAAUUCACCUUUGCAAUUAUGGUAGGUGAUUGUGAUGUCUAGUGUUUGAACCAUUGUUGAGCAUUAUUUGCUUGUUUAUUUUUCUUUCUUUUUUGAUGGGAGGGUGUAAACCAUUUCAAUGCUCUACGAGUGUGUGCUCCGUUGAUUGGACAGGCAUUUCUUUCAUACUGUUUAUUUUCCUGUGUCAUCAGGCAAGAAGAUAAUGAUACAAAAUGAUAGGUACAAAUGCACUUAACUGUAAGUGAAAUUUAUCAGAGUUCAAAUUUUAUUUCUGUCAAUUUCAGGAAUUCGGUACAAAUGAUCAGAAAUUUGUUUCACCACAACAUUUCUCAAAGCCUUGUACUCAAUCGGAUGACCACUGUGUUAAAAAAAAAAAAAAAAAGUGGUGGUGAAUAUAACAGUGCCAUAACAGCACUGCCAUUGUUACCUACUACUUAGCAUGACAAUGUCAUAUUUUGUAAAAAUGAUUCAGCAAAUUCAUGUAAAAACUUGGGUACCUUUUUUUUAUUCAAAGUAAAAAAAAAAAUGUUUAAAGGUUAUAGGGAGGGUCUGAACACAGUAUUAAUGUUAAAAAAAAUUGGAAAAUUCAUUUUUUCACAAGGUUAUGAGGAUAUGUAGGAUCUUUGUCUCUAGUUUGAAGCUUUACAGUCACAACUAUUAUUUGGUGUCAUGCUCAGAUUGUCACGGAUGAAAAAUGAAGACACACUGUUGAAAUUAUUCACAGAAGGAAGGGAAUUUGUCCAUUCAAUUCAGCACCCUGACAGGGUAUUUUUAAGCUGCCAUAAAAUAAGCAAUAUGAGCAUUUGUCAUUUUGAAUCUUUUUUUUUUUUCUUCAAGAUGUAUUCUUUACAGAGAUUUUUGAAUCCCUAUGUCAAAAAAAAAAAAAAAAAAAAAAAAAAGCCACAACAGCUGUGUAUCACAGACACCUAUUUUUACUGCUAUUAGUUGUGAGAAAAUAAUUACUUGCAUUAAUGACUGAGGUAACCCACUAUCAACCUUCAGGGUUUUGUUUUACAUCAUGAACCUUCUUCAGCCCUUAGCUUAUUCUGUUUAGUUGUCUUCAAUGAUUUUAAAAGUGUAUCACUUUAAUGUACAUUGAU